AUGCCCCCCAUGAUCGACCCCUCCCUCUUCGACCAAAUCAAGUCCAAGAUCGAAGAGGACACCACCGUCCGCAAGGAGCUCGAGCAGAUUGUCGACGAACUUCACCAGCAUGUCUCCUUCACGCAGGGUUUGUUAUCCAAGAUUCACUCAACCCCGCGGUCAAAGUACGCAACCCUCCUCCCCCAAGUAGAAGAGGGCAUCAAAUCCCAAGUCGCCACCGUAGGCAAGCUCUCAGCGUUUGCAUCUCAAUAUCCUUACUACAAAUACAACCACAAAUGGACCCGCCCCCUCCAAGACUCCCUCUCCACCUGCCUCCUCUUCACCUGGCUAUCCACCCACACCCUCCUCACCCCCCUCCAGCUGGCCACAUACUACUCCGUCCCUUUGAACCUCACCGCCCAAGACGAUGCAUUCCACAUCACCACCGAGGAGUACCUCCUCGCCCUCGUCUCCAUAAUCGACGACCUCUCCCGCCUGGCGAUGAAUUCCGUCACGCUCGGCGACACCGCCCUCGCGGUGGAGAUCUCCGCCUUCAUCAGGGACCUGCACGCCGGGUUCCAGGUCUUGAAUCUGAAGAAUGACAUCCUGAGGAAGAGGGUUGACAGCAUCAAGUAUGCCGUGAAAAAGGUCGAGGAUGUGGUUUAUGAUUUGAGUUUGAGGGGGUUGAUUCCUGCUGCUGGGGCGGAGGACGAAAAGAAGGGGGAGUGA